UUCAACUGCGACGGAAGUGACCGGUGUUCUUCGAACUAGUAACGAAUUCUACUGCGAUGUCGAUGUGUUGUUGAUCCAUACCUUGGUGUAUGAUUUGGGCUUUUCCAUCUGCCCAUGUCUCAAACCAACCCUGUGGAGUAUACCUGAUCGAGGAGUUACCGGCUAUUUCUCUGUAUACGUCGACUGUCCGAUCAUUUUGGAGUGCACUUCUUUAUAUUUUGUCAGGAGGUAGGGUGUACCUCAGUGAAGAUCCAUCCAGUCCUACUGAAUAGCGUGUCUAUAGGGGUGUGGCACAGAGUUGUGUAACUCCGAAGUGGGAGAACAGGUGGUCUCGGGCCCCACUGUGGAUCCCCAACUGGAGCAUCGGGAGGUGGCAGGCUCAGGCAGAGCAGCAUAGCAGGGCCAUGAGUGGGCAGGCGGGGGCCGGGGCUGGGAUGCGGGGUCGGCGUGGGGGACGGGAGCGUGACCGGGAGCCACCGCUGUCAUCGGUGUAUCAGCAUCAGUAUCCGCACCUGCAGCAGCAGGGCAUGGACGCCUCGUGCUGGCUGGCUCCCAGCGCCCUGCGCCGGCUGGUGGAGCUGCCGUCCCCGCCGCUCUCCCGCCACCAGCUCAAGCGGCUGGAGGAGCACCGCUACAGCAGCUCCGGCCGCUCCCUGCUGGAGCCCAUCAUGCAGCGCUACUGGGAGUGGCUGGUGUGCUGCAUGCCCGCCUGGAUCGCGCCCAACCUCAUCACCAUCGUGGGCCUGGCCACCAAUGUCUUCACCACCCUGGUGCUAGUCUAUUACUGCCCCACUGCCACUGAACAGGCGCCACUGUGGGCAUAUCUGCUCUGUGCCGUGGGCCUGUUUAUUUACCAGUCGCUGGAUGCCAUUGAUGGAAAGCAGGCCAGGCGCACUAACAGCAGUUCACCACUGGGAGAGCUUUUUGAUCAUGGCUGUGACUCCCUGUCCACAGUGUUUGUAGUCCUGGGUACCAGCAUUGCCGUGCAGCUGGGCACGAACCCCGACUGGAUGUUCUUCUGCUGCUUUGCGGGCAUGUUCAUGUUUUACUGUGCCCACUGGCAAACCUAUGUCUCCGGUACCCUGCGUUUUGGCAUAUUUGAUGUAACAGAGGCACAGAUCUGUCUAGCCUUGUUGCAGAUGUUCACAGCCAUUGUUGGCCCCAGGUUUUGGAACAUUACGAUCCCUAUAAUUAACAUUCAAAUGAAAAUAGUUCCCGCCAUAUGUACAUUCAUAGGGGUUAUCUUUUCCUGUACUAAUUACUUCCGGGUUAUAUUUACUGGAGGUGUGGGCAAAAAUGGAUCCACAAUAGCGGGAACAAGUGUCCUCUCCCCUGUCCUUCACAUAGGUUCUGUUAUAAUCCUGGCUAUGAUGAUCUAUAAAAAAUCAGCUAUUCAGCUUUUUGAAAAACACCCAUGUCUGUAUAUAUUGGCAUUUGGCUUUGUGUCUGCCAAGAUCACUAACAAAUUAGUGGUUGCUCAUAUGACAAAAAGUGAAAUGCAUCUUCAUGACGUAGCAUUUCUUGGCCCUGGACUACUGUUUUUGGACCAGUAUUUCAAUAGUUUUAUUGAUGAAUAUUUGGUGCUUUGGAUCGCCCUGAUUCUUUCUUUCUUCGAUCUGGUGCGUUACUGUGUCAGUGUUUGCAAUCAGAUUGCCUCCCAUCUUCACAUCUUUGUCUUCAAAAUCAAGCCACUGACCAUGGCACCUAUUCAGUGAUCAAUCUCCACUGCCAGCUAUAUGAUGAGUACACUUGUUUCUAUUGCUCUGUUUUGCUUUCUUUUUGUCCAGGACAGGGUAGAGUACUGAGCAUCGCUAAUGCAAAUGAACAAUAAGGUCUUUCCCAGGAAGAUUUUGUUAGACGUGUUAUUUAUUUCUUCCAUCAAUGUUAAUGUGCAUUCUGUGUUACUGAUCUGCUAAUUUCUCAUGCGCAUCACAAAACACAUUAACAAAAAAGAUGUAAUUUAAAUCAGAUUCACGUGCCCUUUAGAUCUCUUAAUGUGGGACGGAGUAAAUUGAUAUAGUUUUCAAUAGUAAGGAACUGUCUGAGUACUAGGUGCUAUAUUCUAACCAUUAUCUGCAUAUAAUCAUCCAGGCUUGAACAACUGAUAAAAUGAUAGGUUCCCUGGCCUUCUUUUAAGCUUUUUUUACCAUAACGGAGGGUAUGAAUGUUAAAUCAAAUUACAUUGGCUUACAGUAUAUCAGCUAAACAAUUGUUGAGAAAUGUCAUAGUGUACACACAAAAUUAACCAGUCUUCAUUUCCAUAUCAUUUAAAUGACACAUUAUGGAAAUAUUAAGAAUUUGCCCAUUGAAGACUGACUAACUAAAAGUAGAUAACAAAUGUAUUUCCAUUUUUGUGAACAACUGUUAUGUGCCAGUUGUGAUAUCUCUGAAAUUGAAGUUGAUUUUCACACCAGGCAACAUGUAUUUCACUUGUGUCGUGGGUUUGAGAAGUAUUAUUUGGAAAUCCAUUUGAAUAGUUGGUGUAUCACACUUGUGUUGUGUUGCAUUUGUCAUUCGGAAAUGUAGUUUCUACAACAGUUGCUGCAUACACUUCACACUUAUGGCAGUGACAAGUCCUCACAAUUUAAAAUGUAGACAUAUUAUGUAAAUAUAAUCAAACUGCCCUUCCCUGUGAAACAUACAAGAUGUUGCAGUGUUUUGCAUUCAUUAUUGUUAAUCUGUGCUGCUCUGGACAUGAUAUUCAGUUAUAUUCCAUUAUACUGUAUGCAAUUUAUUUGUUUCUUUGUUACUCCUGCUGCAUCAAAUGUAUCCCUUUUCUUAUAUUUAUUGUUUUUUUUUUUCUCUUUUUCUAAAAAAAAAGAAACCAUUGCUUUGCGUGCCUGACAUUAUUCAUGUUGCACUACUGCUUCCUGCCUAAAAUGCUGAAUGGAUUCUAAAGUUCAAAUAAAGUAGCAGAGUGUUAUUUUGCUAAAUUGACUAAUUUAUUUAAGAACAAAAUUAAUUUGGUUUCUCACUCAUAUCAGUUUUGCUGAUGGGAACAUUUUUGUUGUUAUUGAAAACAGUAGUAAAGAUGACCAGAUAGUCAGUGUAAGUGUGUGAGGAGAUUUAAAAAUAUAAAUGCACUGAUGACCCAGCAUGAAGCUCUGAUCACCAGACGUUCUUUCCUCACAUUUGUUGUGUCUCUGAUACUGCAUGUUCUGUGCAUUAUUACUUUCUAGUGCAAACCCAACAUCUGUUAUUUGUUUUAUUUCAUAACAUUUAAAACAUGCUACUUGUAGCAUUCUCGUCCACUGUUCGGCAAACAAAGAAACUCUUUGGCACAUACUAGAAUUGUAAGUGGAAGGAAAGGUAAAAUUAUAGUAGCUAUGCCGUACAUGUUGAUGUCUUGUAUUAAUCGUUGCAUACGCACAUACACACAGAAAUAUACUAACAAGUGCUCCAGGGUCUCAUGGCGUGGCUUUUCUCUUGUUUCGAACCAUAGAACCAUAUGUGAUGUCAUAUUGGCAGGACUAAUUAUGAUAUACUAUUGUAAUGGAACUGAGAGAUUGCGUGUCUGGGCACAUAUUGUUUUGUUUUUCUGUAUUGUCGCUUAUAGGUCAGUACUUAAACAUUAUUAUUAUUAUUAUUAUUAUUAUUAUACCUGUUGCCUUAAAUGUAGUUUUGAACUAUCCUUAAAUCUUGGUUUAACGUUUCAAGUUCAUACCCAUCAAGCCUGUUAUUACUCCUGUUGGUACUGAGAAAUUGCUUGAUUUCUCCCCCACCCUUUUAGUUUGUUUCUAGAUGGCCAAGCUCAGGUAUACUCAAAAAUGCUUAACCGUGUUUGCAUGAACCCACAGAUGAGAGGAACAGACAUGUGACAAUCUAUCCAUUACAUAACAAUGCAGUUCUUCCUGUUCAUUUGCAAAUGCUGCUACCAGCCCUGUUGAAUCUGUUUGUGAGCAUACUUUCUGCCUCAUCCAUAUAAUGCCUAUAGUGUGUAUCUUACUGGUGAAAGUAUGAAUGUUGGGUUGAUCAAACUGAUGGAGAAAAAAUAUGCCUGUUAUAGACCUGUAUCCUGAAUAUCUUGGAAAACUAGCCUACAUGUUUGUCACUACCAUCACAAGCAGUCACCCAACAUGAAACUUUUUUCAUUGUUUUUUUUUUUUUGGACAAAUGUCCAUGGAUUAUGGCCAUCUCACUGGAAUGGCAUUAACAAGCUAAAUCUUCUUUAUAGAGGUUUAUUUGUGUUUUGCAUGGCAUGCUUGCCCAUCAACUGUGUCUGUUAAUUUGGUUUUUAGCUUUUUGUUUUCUUUGAGGGUAUAUCGAUACAUUUUAAUUCAUUAGAUGAAUUAUUAAAUAAUAUCUGUUAGCACAGGCAACUACUGAAUGGGCUAACACUUAUGUCAUAGUCGUAAUAUAUUCUGUUUAUGGAGGCCAAAUAUUCUGUAAGGAAGUAAAGUUGUACAUAAAACCGAGGCUGUUUUUUGAGUGGUUGAAAUGUGUAGGCUGUUUCAUAUACAUUAUGGCCUGCUGUAGUGUCUUUAACUCAAUCAGAAAACAUGACAACAUCACAAUGUUUAGGUGUUCCACUAAAGCCUGUCAAAUUUAUGGCAGGGCAAUGAUAACUACUUCUGUGUACAGCUUUUCCUUUCCAAUGUAAAUGACUUUACAUUGUGUGCUGACUGUUUCUGGCGAAAUAUGGCAAGCUGACUUUUCUGUCUCUAUUGGUUUGUAAGAGUUGCUGUUCUCUCAUUUUGGAAUAAAAAAGCACCUGUAAAAAUAAAGAUAGCUAUAUUUAUGAUAA